CCGACUCCAUCCCCGACGCAUGUCAAUGUUUUUACGGCAACCUGAUCUCCAAAACGACUGGAGACAGGAAGUUGAAGAUGCUACUAAUAAAUGGAGUUCGGCGAGGAGAAGAUAAACACAGUCAUGUACAGAAAAAAGACACACGAUUCAACUUACCUUGACGCCUCAGACAUCAACCUCACAAUGCGAAGCGCGUGAAUCUGUCGCUAUCACUCACUCGAGUCCUUCCCACCCUAAGAUUCACCCAAUUCUAUACAAUGUCUCACCUAAUAGAGUCUUGGGAAGACGAGAAGCGGCACACUGUCUGGGAUCCCGCCAGGCCAGCGACGCAGCCCAUCAACCUCUCCAAUGCGUCGCCUCAGAAUCAGUCGCUAUUCCUCGCAAAGCUUCCUCUUGGAGUCCGGCACGUCAUCUACGGUCAUCUCUGGGCGCUCAAUGGUUUGGAGCAGCACAUCUUCGCGGAAACAGUGUGGGACGACGAACCGGUGAUGCAGGGACUACACCUGCCGCCGGUAGUCAGCACGUCCACGGUAUCCGAGAAUCGGAAUAGCGAGAAUCAGAGGUUUGGAUUUCACCUAGAGUUACACAGCUCUGAGAAGCCGGGGAACGCGGAUAUAGACGCAGACACGCCGGAAGAGAACGACAGGGAUUAUAACAGUGGCAGCCACGCUGAUGGGAGUCUGAUGAACAUCGACGACAGCAUCGAGAACGAGUCUGAUCACGACGCGGACGACUACUUUGCACAACACCCUGACAGUCCUCCCUACGUCUCACCGGCUCACAGCAUGGCCGACUCAUCGCGCUCUCCCUCCAUCAGAGGAGCCUGCUCCUCUCCUUCGUCCUUGCCUCCAGACACGCAGGUGGGCCACAUCCGCCGCAGACGCUGCACAACCGAUUACGCCCAUCCAGAUAUAUCCUCGCCCAACCGUCUUUCUGCACUAUGUGACAAGCGUGCCAAGCAUUGUGAGCGUCAUGGCCCAACCUUUGUCGACGGGACGGACCCCACCUGGGAUGAGACGUGCUACUGCUGCAAGGAAGCGUACGACUGCUUGUUUGCCAAACACAGCAAUCCAGAUCCUCCCAAGGAACGUUCCGAUUUCAUGGCCAUGCUGCUCGUCUGUAAGAGCAUGUACGGCGAAGUACUGCCGAGUGUCAUGGAGCAUGUACGAUGGAGCUUCACCAAGCCCCAGCAUCUUUCCCAAUUCCUCAAGAUGCAAUUCCCCAUGAUACAUCUCAUCCGGCGGAUCAUUGUGCUCUGGGAUAUCAGGCAAUCGUUCGACUCCCAGCUCGCCGAGUGGAAGGCAAGUCUGCCACUGCUGGCUGCGAUGGAGAAUCUGAAGGAGCUAGAGAUAUGGAUGGAUUACAAGCGAGCAUGGGUCAAUAACGAGGAACGUCUCGAGAUGGAGGAUCCGCGACAGGCCAGGAUAUGGGCUAUGGCGCCCACGAAUGUGCAACUGCGCGUGACAUAUCCGAAGAGGGUGGCGGAAAGCUAUUCGCAUGAGCCGGAGGACGCAGCGCCGUAUCUGGUGAGGUUUGUCAGAGGGACAGGCGGCUGGGUCAACCUCCAAGAGGUGCACAGUGAUACAGAGAAUUAAGUUACGUGGUUGCUUUGACUUAUUCAGACGAUGUACUUUGCAAAUUUAGUCCAAGGGGUAUGCCAUUACCCAAUGCAGAACAACCAGACGCAUCACAUUCGGUGCGGAAGACACCU